AAAAUUCACGCUGGAGAGAGGCCUUACACCUGUGCACUGUGUGGAAGUAGUUUCAUUCGAAGAGGAGGCCUUAAAAGCCACAUGAGAAUCCACACUGGAGAGCAGUCUUACACCUGCCCUCAAUGUGGAAGGAGCUUUACACACAGACAAACUCUUAAAGCCCACAUAAGAAUUCACACAGGAGAGAAGCCUUUUACCUGCCAACAGUGUGGAAAGAGUUUCACUCAACAUGGAAACCUUAAAGUCCACAUGAGGAUUCAUGAUGGAGAGAAGCCUUUCGUUUGCCAACAGUGUGGAAAAUAUUUCAUUGAACAUGGAAACCUUAAAGUCCACAUGAGGAUUCACACUGGAGAGAAGCCUUUCACCUGUCAACAGUGUGGAAAAUGUUUUUCAGUAAAAGGAACCCUUAAAAGCCACAUGAGCGUCCACACUGGCGAGAAGCCUUACUCAUGCCUUCAGUGUGGAAUCCGUUUCACUCGGCAUGGAAGCUUUAACAGGCACAAGAGAAUUCACAACAGAGAGAAGCCACACACCUGCUAACUGUGUAGAAGGAGCUUCACAACAAAACUAAUCAUGAACAGUCACUGGUGAGAAGAUGUUUAUAUUUGGUUGAUGAUGGUUUCUCAUGCAGUAACAUCUCAUGGCUCAAACAGAUUUCUCACCUCAGUCCUCAGUCGUGGUAUGGAGGAUGGAAGAGAGC